GCCCGCGCUCGUUCCUUUGAGAACGGUUUUUUUGCCGGUUGACGGAUCGUUCCCUUCGCCUACUAUCACUUGCCGGGUUAUAAGGCACCCGCCCUUUGGAGUGCAUAAGUGUGCACACUUGUGCCCUCGUUUCCUCUUGUCUAGGUGUGUCCAGUAUGCUGAAUAGUGGGCGGGGGAAGGCUUUCCCACUUCACGACCCCAGACAGUAGCAUCGGAUGAAGAAGUUCAGGGCAGCGUAUGCCACACAAUUUUAAUGAUGUUACAUGCUAUGUCUUCAAGCUAAGGCAAUUGCCUUAUAGAUGUACCAUUUGAACUGCUGCAUGAGUUUCCCCGUCAGUGUGUCCUUUCCACAAGGGAUAAUGAUGGUUUGGUCCCAGCAACAAACUAGCAGGUGCUGGAGGAAGAGGCCCCAUUGGAACUGGAGGUGAUGCAAGCAUCCAAAGGACUCUGAAGAAACCACUAUGGGUUUUAGGCUACUGCACUGUCUCUUCCACUUGCCCAUUGCAGUUGUCUAUGGGUCUUUAUCACUCUUUAUUUCAAUUUUGCACAACGUGUUUCUCCUCUACUAUGUGGAUACCUUUGUCUCCAUAUACAAGAUUGAUAAACUUUCUUUUUGGAUUGGGGAGACUGUGUUUCUAAUCUGGAACAGCCUCAACGAUCCUCUCUUUGGCUGGCUUAGUGACCAGGCUUUCCUUAGCACACAACAGUCUGGAGUAGAGAUCUCCACUGUAGAAGUUGUUUCAAAAAGACUCAAGGCCCUAAGCCGCAACGGCCCCCUCUUUGCUUUGUCAUUUCUGGCUUUCUGGAUUGCAUGGGCCCACCCAGGUUUGCAGUUCCUCAUCUGUCUCUGCCUGUAUGACAGCUUCCUCACGGUGGUGGAUCUCAACCAGAAUGCCUUGCUUGCUGACCUUGCUGUCUCUGCAAGGGACAGGACUGGUCUCAACUUCUACUCUUCACUCUUCAGUGCCAUUGGCUCCCUCUCAGUCUUCAUGUCCUAUGCUGUGUGGAACAAGGAGGACUUCUUCUCCUUCCGAAUAUUUUGUGUGAUACUGGCUUUCAGCUCGGCACUUGGCUUUACCUUGGCCACAUGGCUGUUGAGGCAGAGGUUUCAGAAUGAGGGACGAAUGAAGUGGGAUGAACAUGCAGUUUUAAAAGAACUGUAUAUUGACCAGCCUUCUAUGCAUCAAGAGAAGAGGAUCACUCUGGCCGAGUACCUCAAACAGCUCUCUAGGCAUCGCAACUUUCUCUGGUUUGUCUCUAUGAACCUUAUACAGGUUUUUCACUGCCACUUUAACAGCAACUUCUUCCCUUUGUUUCUGGAGCAUCUGCUAUCUGAUCGUAUAUCACUCUCCAUGGGAUCAUUCCUACUAGGUGUUUCUUAUGUGGCUCCUCAUCUCAACAACCUCUACUUCCUGUCUCUCUGCCAAAGGUGGGGUGUGUAUGCUGUGGUGCGGGGGCUCUUCUUCCUGAAGCUGCUACUGAGUGUGAUGAUGCUCCUGGCUGGGCCAGAUUGGAUCUACUUGCUCUGUUUCUUUAUAGCCAGUAACCGUGUGUUUACUGAAGGGACAUGCAAGUUGCUGAACCUGGUGGUCACCGACCUAGUGGAUGAAGACUUGGUGCUGAAUCGGAGGCAGCAGGCUGCCUCAGCUCUCUUGUUUGGCAUGGUUGCCUUGGUAACCAAGCCAGGCCAGACCUUUGCCCCUUUGAUUGGUACCUGGCUGCUGUGUUCUUACACAGGUUAUGACAUUUUCCAGCGAGAUCCCCUGAGCAACACAGUGAGUGCCCAGCCAAAGCUGGCUUCCAGCGCAGCCUGGGAACCAACUCUACGCCUGGGCUGCUUCUAUCUCCUUGUUUUUGUCCCCAUCACGUGUGCGUUGCUGCAGCUCCUCAGCUGGUCACAGUUCAGCCUACAUGGGAAGCGUCUCCAGACAGUAAAAUCUCAGCGUCAAACUUUAACCGAGAGUCAGUCCCAAGAAAUCAAAACUAUUUAAUUGCUAGUGUGGGUAAGCAGUUUGGCAUCUCCACGGUGGACUCUGCAUAAUCAAUUCAAUAAGUGGGCAGGAGUUCCAGAUGUUAUCCAAGGGACUUAAAGUUAUGAUAGGUUUUGGUAUACAGGGUUAUUUUCUCUCUUCACUCUUGAGUAAGAGGGGAAAGGGCAAAUAAAGACCCCCUUAUUAGGCCAGUGUUGGUUAGUGAAAGAAGCUUUUGAGUUACCUUGAAUCCUCUGCAAGGCAGGUCUAGACAAGAUCAGCCUUGAAGAGUUUUUGGGAAAUCAAAAACAUGUAUUUCCUGUCAUCGACUAAAGUUGGCCCAGGAAAAAAGUCAUCACAUUACCCUUUUCUCUUUCUUUCAACAAUGACUUGUUCACAGUGUCAGUAUUUAUUCCCCUCUAGAGGCAGCUGACUUGGAAGAGCCGUGGCAGAUAGCUGGCAAGGGAGCAUAUCAUGCAUAAUGGGACUGGGGUGUCAGUUAAGUCAGCUGUGUCCUGGUCCUUGAACCCAUCCUUUCCAGAACUGUUUCCGUACAGCCUUGACCUGGAGGGUAGGAUCCAAGUUUCCCCCUUUGCACUGAACUUGAGUCCUUGGCAUACUUCCAUUACCUUGUCAGUGCUUGCCGAACAGGCCUGACAAAUGAAGAAACUGAGCUCAUACCAUGUGUUGAGGGAACCAUUCUUUUCAAGAAAAUGAGCUCACUGCAGCUAUGUAGGAAUUGGUGCUGAACAGGAUGCAGGGCUGUGUUGCUGGGCGGGGGUCAUGCUGUGAAGGAUCCCUGGCAAUGUCGAGUUCUGAUGUAACAACCUGGCUAGAUCUGAGGUUCAUUUUGGGGAACUAUUAGAAUUACUUUCAAGGGAGAAAGGCUGCCACCCUUUCCGAGUGGCUGCUAAUCUUGGUUUUUCUGCUGAACCAGAACUCAUGGGUGUGUAAUUCUGAGAAACCAUUUAUCUUGCUUACUGACUUGGAGAGUUCCAAGUUAUCUCAGUAAUAGUGAUUUGAAAGACAACGUGCUUGUGAUUUGAGGUACGGUUCUCCCACAUGUGUGGGAUGAUCUGAGCCCAUGCCAGUCUCUUGCUUGUUCACAGAACUUAAUAGGAUGAUAGCACAGCCAAUUUAUUGCUCUUAGCAUUGGAGUGAAAAAAAGUACCUGCCUUUUCUUGAGAAAUGUGCUGCAUUGAAACAAGAAAAUGGGCAGCUGUUAAGUGGAAAUGCCUGCAGAGUAUUAGGCAGAGAAACUAGCCUGUCAUCUAGGAAUAGAGCUGCUAAACCUUAGAUUAGGUCUAAGGGAUGGGGGAGAGGCUAAUUGCGUAACUUCUCCAGGGUAUUCGAGCUACUAGUGGAGGUCUUGCUCCACCUCUGCAUACCAGGAAGGGCAAAGAAUAAUCCCUGGUCCUGUUCUGCUUCCCGACUCUUGUCUUUUCUGAUGCGUCAUGGUUGAGGCUGGGGGAAUGCCCGGCUUCCUUGAAGUGAUCCUAAAGCCCAUGUUUUGACUCUAGGGAGUAGAAACCACAUCCUGUUGUCAACAAGCAGUUAAUCAGUAAGGCAGCAGGAUGCAAAGUUCAGGGUUGUGAGCAAUGCGCAGUGAAUUGGAGUUCACUGGAUGUUUCACACUGCAUAUCUCUGUUUGGAACUGGAGAUGAGUAGGGGAAGAGAAAAAUGUGGCCAUGCCAAAAGUUCUCUCUUUGGUCUGGGCCCCCCUUGGCUCCUGCUGUAGCAAAGAAAUUACUAAGAGCUCCUUGGGCCCCAGUUGUAUCUUCCUCCUUGGGUGCUGAAGCAGAUUCCACCAAAGGCUUUUCCAAACAGUCAAGCUAAGUCACUGUAAUGGCCAUUUUGCCUUUGGAUUGGGAGGAGGAAUGAUAACAUGUUUACCAUCCAAAGUCUUUUGUAUUUGACCAAUUGUAAUUUAUUCCUCUAACUUAACAAGCCAUGGAUAUCUGCAUUUCAUUAAAAUAUAUUCUUUUUAAAACUA